AUGUUCCUCAGUCUAAUAAAGGGCCUCGAAAAAAAUGAGGCUAAGGAGGACAUAAUCAGCGUGAAUAUCCAAAGAUUGCUUGGAGACAAAACAUACGAAAAGAGAAAAAAAGGAGCACAGGAAAUUGCAGAAGUGGUGAAACUCUUAUUGCUAAAGGAAAAGGAAGAUAAACAGAUGCAGGUAGAUUACAUACUCAACGAAGAUGAGCCAAAUGGAAAAAAAAAAUAUAUGAACAAGUCAGGCAAAUCAAGCGGAUUGAGCCAACUUAGUCAGGUAAACCAAGUAUUAUACGAACACGACGCUGAUAUAGAGAACAUCGCCAAUAAAUACCAAAACAAAAAGGUGAUAAGUAUAAUAAAUUUUUUGAAGGAAAAAUUUGUUCAGAGUAUUAACCCUGCGGAAAGGUGUGGAGGACUCAUAGCCUUGGCCUUCAUCUCGAUCACUGUAGAUACACAAAUAAAGUUUUACUUCUCAGCCAUUUUGAAGUUAAUCGUGUCAUGUGUAAGUGACCCUGACUCCAAAGUGAGAUAUUAUGUGUGUGAAAGUUUGUACAAUCUUUGCAAAGUGUCCAAAAGUGUAGUUUUUUAUCAUAUCGAAGAUAUUUUUGAUUGCCUCUUUCGUAUCUUUUCCGAUUCUUGUCCAAAUGUAAAAAGUGGAGGAGCCUUUCUUGAUAAUUUAUUAAAAGACCUGACUUGUUCAUACAAUAAUGUUUUUAAUAUAUACAAAAUUAUUUUCAUUUUGAAAGAAAGAAUUGGGAUAGAAAAUUCAAACGCGAGACAAGUCAUCCUAUCAUGGCUACUUCUCUUUCAAAAUAUCAAAACGGUAAAUUUAUUUGAAUAUUUUCACUUCUUCAUUAGUGAUCUCUUCUUUAUGUUGGCAGAUCAAAAUAGAGAUAUUCAAAGACAAGCAAAUCAAUGUCUUGAUUUAUAUGUAGAUCAAAUUAUCACUUCAAAUUAUGAACAAGUCAGGUCAUUUUUUAAACAUAUUGCUUUUAUUUUUAUUGAGUUUUGUAAUCACAAAAAUACGAUUAUAAAACAUAAGUGUCUCCUUUGGCUUUAUCAUUUUAUUCAAAUUUUAAAUUGUCUCAGAAGCAAUGACAAGCAGGUGGUACUGCUCUCCCUAACGGUUCUAUCCGCCAUGUGUUCCACUGUGGAUAAUAAAUUUCAUUUCUACGAGCAAGUGAGUAACGGUUUGAUUGCUCUCUUUCGAAACGAUGACCAAUUGCUAAUGCACAAGGGGAAAAUCAUUGUCCAACAUAUAUCACGCUGCCUGAACAACAAAAAAUUUUUUGCCUACCUCUCCUACUCUCUAAUUAGUGAAGAAAAAAUAUCCUUUGUCACGAAAUUUAUUCAAGUCUUAAGUUGGGUACUUUUAACAUCAGAAGAGACUAAGUACCUACGUAAUGCCCUUUUUCUAAAGAAGCAGUAUUCGUUAUUCUCUCUCAUUUUGAUUGCUUGGUUGAGGAACCCAAUCUCUGCCAUUUCGUUUCUUUUAUGGUUACAGAAAUACAAAUUGGCUUACCUCAUUUGCUCAUACUUGUCGUUAUUGAAUCUAAACUCUGAUUUUUUUCAUCAGCUUGAUAAUUUAAUUUUUCUUUUGGAGUCUCCGAUUUUUUCAAAACAGAGGAUCCACCUUGUGUAUCCACAGAACUAUCCCUUUUUAAUAAAAUCCCUCAUGAUACUCUCCUUGAUGCUUCCGCUCAAU